AAUGACAUCAUUGAUGGUUGUGAACGUGUGAUUGUUUAAAGCUGGUAAACAAAGCUUGUGUGAGCAGGCAGAGAGAAGCUGCUGUUAGUCUGAAUGAUGACACUGUGAUGAAGAGGAGCUCAGUCUGAUCUGGGGUCUGUGAGGACUGGCUGCGAACAUUCAGCGUGGACUGGCGCAAACGACUUGCUGAAGUGCAUUCCCUAGAGGAAGAGCAGGUUGUUGUGAAGGUGUGAAGGUGUGGACUCUGCUAUGAAUCAGGCUGAGGACCCAGAGAACAGUGUCCCUCCCUCUGAAGCUCCUCUGUGUGAGGAACAUGACAGACAGACCAAAGCUCAGAGGUGUGCACUUUUACUUAAAUCCCUACGACUGACCAGGACCCAUCAGAUACGAGGACCUGGACCAGGAUCUGGUCCUGAACCCAGCUGUGUGUCAAUGAAGAGUAACCAGUCUAUAGAGCGUCCUAUAUUCUUCAAAGAUGUCCAUCCCUCUGUUGAUGCAAGUUCACUUCAGCAGAGAGGAAAGUCUCCUGAACCCAGCUGUGUGUCCAUGAAGAGUCAUCAGUCUAAAGUUCUUCCGAUUGGCUUCAAAGAUGGACACUGUUCUAAUGACACAGAAGACGACCACGAGAGCUCAGAGGUUCUCAUAGGUCAGUCUGCCCAGCAGCCUCAAACACACCUGGACUCCAUCUUCAAGCUGCUGGAAGAGAACAUCAUCACUUUUGUUAAGAACGAGCUGAAGAAGAUCCAGAAGGUUGUGAGUUCAGAUUACCCAGAAUGCUUAGAGAGUCAGAGAGAUGAUGAUGUGGUGCUGGAUGGUGAGGAUGAAGAGGAAAGGAGGAGCAAAGAGGCAUUUGUGAAGAUCUCAGUGCACUUCCUGAGGAGAAUGAAGCAGGGGGAGCUGGCUGAGCGUCUGCAGAGCAGACUUUUUGCUGCAGUUUGUCAGCGUGAACUCAAAUCCAACCUGAAGAAGAAGUUCCAGUGUGUGUUUGAGGGCAUCGCUAAAGCAGGAAACCCAACCCUUCUGAAUAAGAUCUACACAGAGCUCUACAUCACAGAGGGAGGGACUGUAGAGGUCAACAAAGAACAUGAGGUCAGACAAAUUGAAACAGCAUCCAGGAAACCAGCCAGACCAGAAACAACCAUCAGACAAGAAGACCUCUUCAAAACCUCUACUGGAGGAGAAGAACCAAUCAGAACAGUGAUGACUAAGGGAGUGGCUGGCAUUGGGAAAACAGUCUUAACACAGAAGUUCACUCUGGACUGGGCUGAAGACAAAGACCACCAGGACAUACAGUUCACAUUUCCAUUCACCUUCAGAGAGCUGAAUGUGCUGAGAGAGAAGAAGUUCAGCUUGGUGGGACUUGUUCAUCACUUCUUCAGUGAAACCAGAGCAGCAGGAAUCUGCAGGUUUGAAGAGGUCCAGGUUGUGUUCAUCUUUGACGGUCUGGAUGAGUGUCGCCUUCCUCUGGACUUCCAAAACAAUGACAUCUUGACUGAUGUCACAGAGUCCUCCUCAGUGGAUGUGCUCCUCACAAACCUCAUCAGGGGGAAACUGCUUCCCUCUGCUCGCCUCUGGAUAACCACACGACCUGCAGCAGCCAAUCAGAUCCCUCCUGAGUGUGUUGGCAUGGUGACAGAGGUCAGAGGGUUCACUGACCCCCAGAAGGAGGAGUACUUCAUGAAGAGGUUCAGAGAUAAGAAGCAGGCCAGCAGGAUCAUCUCUCAUAUCAAGAUCUCACGAAGUCUCCACAUCAUGUGCCACAUCCCAGUCUUCUGCUGGAUCACUGCUACAGUUUUGGAACAGGUGUUGAAGACCAGAGAGGGAGGAGACCUGCCCAAGACCCUGACUGAGAUGUACAUCCACUUCCUGGUGGUUCAGUCCAAAGUGAAGAAGGUCAAGUACGAUGGAGGAGUUGAGACAGAUCCACACUGGAGUCCAGAGAGCAGGAAGAUGAUCAAGUCUCUGGGAAAACUGGCCUUUGAUCAGCUGCAGAAAGGCCACCUGAUCUUUUAUGAAUCCGACUUGACAGAGUGUGGCAUCGAUAUCAGAGCAGCCUCAGUGUACUCAGGAGUGUUCACUCAGAUCUUUAGGGAGGAGAGCGGACUGUACCAGGACAAGGUGUUCUGCUUCGUCCAUCUGAGUGUUCAGGAGUUUCUGGCUGCUCUUCAUGUCCAUCUGACCUUCAUCAGCUCUGGUAACAAUUUGCUGUCAGAAGAACAAGCAACCUCUCUGGUGUCUGGAGUCUUUAAAGACAAACCUAAACCAAAACGUCUCUACCAGAGUGCUGUGGACAAGGCCUUACAGAGUCCUAAUGGACACCUGGACUUGUUCCUCCGCUUCCUCUUGGGUCUUUCCCUGGAGACCAAUCAGACUCUCCUACGAGGUCUGCUGAAACAGACAGGAAUUCGCUCACAGACCAAUCAGAGAACAGUCCAGUACAUCAAGGAGAAGAUCAGUGAGAAUGUGUCUCCAGAGAAAAGCAUCAAUCUGUUCCACUGUCUGAAUGAACUGAAUGAUGAUUCUCUAGUGGAGGAGAUCCAACAGUCCAUUAGAUCAGGACGUCUCUCCACAGAUGAACUGUCUCCUGCUCAGUGGUCAGCGCUGGUCUUCAUCUUACUGUCAUCAGAAGAAGAUCUGGAGGUGUUUGACCUGAAGAAAUAUUCUGCUUCAGAGGAGGCUCUUCUGAGGCUGCUGCCAGUGGUCAAGGACUCCAACAAAGCUCUACUGAGUGGCUGUAACCUCUCAGAGAGAAGCUGUGGAGUUCUAUCUUCAGUUCUCAGCUCUCAGUCCUCUAGUCUGAGGGAGCUGGAUCUGAGUAACAAUGACCUCCAGGAUUCAGGAGUGAAGCUGCUGUCUGCUGGACUGAAGAGUCCACACUGUGACCUGGAGACUCUCAGGCUGUCAGGCUGUCUGAUCACAGAGGAAGGCUUUGCUUCUCUGGCCUCAGCUCUAAACUCUAACCCCUUCCACCUGAGAGAGCUGGACCUGAGCUACAAUCAUCCAGGAGACUCUGGAAUGAAGCUGCUUUCUCCUGGACUGGAGGAUCCACACUGGAGACUGGAAACACUCAGGGUGGAGCCUGCUGGAGUCCGAUGGUUGAGACCAGGUCUGAUGAAGUAUUCCUGUGAACUCACAAUCGACACAAACACAGUGAACAGAAAACUGAAACUGUCUGACAACAACAGGAAGGUGACACAUGUGGAGGAGGUUCAGUCAUAUCCUGAUCAUCCAGACAGAUUUGACCACCGGUCCCAGCUGCUGUGUAGAACUGGUCUGACUGGUCGCUGUUACUGGGAGGUUGAGUGGAGAGGAGGAGUUAAUGUAUCAGUGAGUUACAGAGGAAUCAGCAAGAAAGGAGCCAGUGAAGACUGUUGGUUUGGACACAAUGAUCAGUCCUGGAGUCUGAUGUGCUCUGAUAAAGGUUACUCUGUCCGUCACAAUAAGACAGAAACACGCAUCACCUCCUCCUCCUCCUCCUCCUCCUCCUCUGGUAGAGUAGCAGUGUAUGUGGACUGUCCUGCUGGCUCUCUGUCCUUCUACAGAGUCUCCUCUGACACACUGAUCCACCUCCACACCUUCAAGACCACAUUCACUGAACCUCUUUAUCCUGGGUUUGGAUUCAGGUCCUGGUUCAAGUCUGGUUCCUCAGUGUCUCUGUGGGAUCUAACAGAAGGGAGAGUCUCCUCCUUCUCCUAAAAUGAGCGUUCUUCUCUCAGCCAGCAGAGGUCAAAUACACAGUAUCUUCUUAAAUUAAAUCAAAGAAGAAGAAGAUUCCCUUCUCUGUCUGCAUUUAACGUGUUUUGGGGGGUUCAAGGCUUUUACUGUCAAGUGCAGCAGGUUUCUAAACUUAAGUGAUGAAGAAAAGGCUGAUGACACAAUCAGGUCCCCGUUGGCAACAAACUUUUUUACACUAAACCUUGCAGCUUAUUUAGUAAAUCCAUUAGGAAAUUUCUCAAUUUUAUAAUAACUUAAGUUUAAGUGAUGGCCUGAGCUUCUUGCACGGAGGUUGUUUUUUUUUUUACUACAAUGCAACACUUUGUUAGACCUACUAAAAGAAAAGGAAAAGCUGUGGGAGGUGAGUUGUGUGCGUAGCUUAUGAUCAACCUCCACACAGAAUGUAUGUAAAUAAAUGCUUAAAGAGGUUCAUGGUUAUUUUUACAGAGUGUUGGAUACUAAAUAGUAAAUGUAUUAGAGUAGGCAUAUUGUAUUAACAUAUAAAGAGUGGAAUGUAAUGGCAAAAAUGUAUGUAACCCUUCAUAAUGUUUCAUUGAACGAACAACUCUAUUGCCGGGAUGGUGUGGCCAUGAAGAAGACUUGAGCUGGAGUGUCUCACACUGACAAGAAGCCAGUCUCCUGACUGUAGAGACACAACAAGUUAUUUUGGAGGCCACCUGCAGGUAGAAGAACAGCCCUUUUGUGAGAGGAGGAAGGUUCUUGGCAGUCUACAGUAGAAACGGAGAAAGACAUAUUUAACUCGGAGCCUUAUUCUUAUUUACGAUUGUCUUCCACAACAAGCAGAUUUAUUUAUCGUACCUGAGGGAAAUAUUCUACCUUCUUCCAGAUUACUGCUUUUAUUUAUUGAGUGUAACUGUGAACGGAAUCUAAAGAUCACAUCUAAGAAAAUCUGGACCGUUUGUUACCUUUCUGUUUCUUUCAUAUUGUAAACGAUGAACCAAAUCAACUGAUUGUUGAACAAACAGAUUUAGCUUGAUGAAAGUCCUUGUGAAACGUCUGUAUCAUUUGAAAACACAUCUGUGACCUUCAAUAAUAAAAAGGAUCAUUGAUCUCAAACUGCUUGAAGUGAAACAAGUGUGUUAUAAAAAGAAAAAUAAGGUUUUAAGACUAAGAAGAAGAAAAAAGGCCUCAACAAGCCAGCUGGUCGCCGGCAAACAACAGUUUGUUGCCUCUUUGUUGAUCUGAAGAAUGUAAACAAACGCUCUGGUAUUAAUCACAAUGUUGUUGAAUCACAUUUGACUUUAAGUCAAGAAAGAAACUGAUCCUGAAAUCACAACAAGUGUUUCAUCACAGUAAGAAAAGUGACGUAGUAAUCAAGUCUGAGAAUUUGUUCACGUCACAUUUCUUUAUGUUUGGAUUGUUGAUAUUUGAUUUGUUUCUUGACUUGUUAACGUUUCAUUUGACUGUAUUUGUUUCAAAGGCAGUUUAAUAUAAAGUCUGUUUGGAGCUACGUCUUUAUCUCAAAAAUACCAGAAGACAAAAGCACCUCCCAAACGUCUCCAAAGGCAUCAGAUGAACCAAUGACCCCCAGAAGAGGAGGAAAAUAUUAUGAUUGAUUAGAGUGAGGGCUUGUAGCCCCUCAUGGGGGGCGGCGUCAUGAUUAUUUGAUUCAAUUCAUUUUAUUUUCUGUAGCAAAAGUUGCAAAUUUGCCUCAGAGGGCUUAACAGUCUGUACACGUGUGACAUCCUCUGUCCAGAAACCCUCACAUCACAAAGUACCGCAAAGACAGUGUUUGACAGUAUGU